GCCGGCUGCAUCUCCUCGCCCCCAGCUCGGCCCCCUGCUGCCUGGGAGACGGUUUCCAGGGGGCGCAGGCCCGGCGAAGAGAGCAGGCCAAAUGCCCCGCCUGAGAGCUAAAGCCCCCGCCCAGCCCUCACGGGGUACCACCAGAGUGUCCGAAUCCACGCCUAGCUCACAGUGCUGCAGAGAGACCUCGGCGCUUGAGGGCCACAUGGCCAGGAAGAGCUUGGAAAUCAGACUGGGCGCACUGCCCGCCAUGCUGAGGAGCUCUGAGAAAAUGGCUGCCCGGGGGCGCAAAGACUGGCUCCUGCCUAAACUCAUCCGCCCCGGCUGCAAAGCUCCCCUGGCCCGCCACCAGCUCUGCCCCUCGCUCCGGCACCAGGCGGCCAGCGUGGAGGUGAAUGUGAGGCACAAGUACAUGCAAUACCGCUGGGCCCUCCCCACCCUGUAUGCGGAGUCGCUCGCCAGGAUGAUGUCCGGGCCCCCCGCCCCCUCGCUGCCCCUGGCCACGGCCGUCGACUUCUGCCACUUGGAGGCCCCUUUCAUGGCCCACCGGGACUGGGAGCUGCUGGAGAGGCACGUCCUGAGGAAACGACUGCAGCAUGAGUGGGGACUGCCCGGCCUGGUGCGGAGAUCCCUGGGGCAUUUCAUGCCUCCGCCGCCUGCGCACCCCAGAGCCAAGACGAGGGUCCGUCUGGCAGCCCGGGAGCUCCGUGUGAGCUGCGGGAUCCCCCCCAUUUCCCUGGCCAGCGCGAGGGAGCUGGAAGCCCACAUCCGGCGGAGGGUGGCCGAGAGGAGGUGGGGGCUCCCCCGGCGGGUGAGGGAGUCCCUGCGGGUGUUCACACGCCUCACGCCCACAGCUCCAGGGCCACGUCUGGACACGCGAGGCACAAGGGCCAGCCGGCCUCUCAGGGAGCUGUCAGGGAGAAGGGCUCCAAGCAAAUCAGCCACCAGAAGGACCCUCGUGCACCCCACAGCAGUGCCUGUCUCCGUAGCCGGGGCCCUGGGAGCUGCAUGGAGCCAGCAGCUCAGCUGGGACACGUGCCGCCAGCUACUGGAGAGACAUGUGGCCCGGAAAAACGUAGAGAUCCGGUUGGGCCUGAUCCCCCGCAGGGCCCAACGCUCGCAGGAAGUUGUUCGGCGGCUGGGAAAGCUCCCCCUGCCCCGGCUGAUUCGCCCCGGCCAGAGACCCCUGGAGCGGCGGAGCCGGCAGCUGCUCUUCCUGGAGCCGGGGGCCUCCAAUCGUGUGGAGCUCAACCUCCGCCACAAGCAUCUGAACUUCAUGUGGGGGCUACCCACGCUGUACCGCCGGUCCCUGGCCAAGCUGUUCCGCACAGUCCCCGCCCCUGCCCUGCCGCCUUCCAGCACCCACCCAGCCCGGACCAAGUUCAUGGACCAGGAGCUGCCCUUCCUCCCGCCAGGCGCCCGGGAAACCCUGGAGCGGCACGUCAGGAAGAAGCUGCUACAACACACGUGGGGCUCGCCCGCACUCAUUGCUCGGUCACUCAGAGCCUUCGCGCCAGAGCCCCUGCGGCCGGCGCCGGUCGUGCCUCGCUUCCGCACCGAGCUGCACCUCCUCAUCCUGAAGCAGGAGCCUCCGCUCAUCGACCAGGGUGGGAGAGGCCACCUGGAGCAGCACCUGCGGAAGAUGAUCCUGCAGCGGAGGUGGGGCCUUCCCCGGAGGAUCCAGGAAUCCUUGCGGGUGUUUGCUGCUUUGGUCCCACCGGCUGGCCCACGGCUUCCUGAGGCCGGCAGGGAAAGGGAUACUAGGCCACAUCAGCUAGGGGCCAAGCAGGCAGACCUCCCCUCACGGAGCCGCUGGGCAGGAACCAGCAUCAGUGAGCGGGGAGAUGAUCUGCAACAGGGCCUGCCUGAGAGUGUGGGGGCCAAGAAGCUAGAGUGAAAUGGCUACCGGGAACCGGCUCCCCUGACAGGAGCCGGCACAGUCGAACUCACAGUGCCCCACGCAGGGUCGCUUCUGCUUACGGACGAGGCCCGGAACCGUCUGGAGAGCCACGUCCUGAGGAAGAAACUUCAGCACCUGUGGGGCUUACCGGGCGUGGUGCAGCGAUCGCUGGGGGCGUUCACCCCCUCGCCGCCCAGAAGGCAGGCCCAGAGGUGGUACCA